AUGUCCUCUCAACCGAUUAAACCGCCGUUGACUGGCCAAUCUUCCCAAACUCAACGAGGCUCGCAACCAGGGCUGCGAUAUCCUUCCACCGGCAAAACCAUAUACCACAGACCAUUAAACCGCAGUAAAACGCAGGAGUUAAGUCAAUCUAGCUUCGCAUACCUAUUUGGGGAGAUGGUCAGUUAUGCGCAAAGACGGGUUACUGGUAUUCAGGAUCUUGAGAAGCGACUAAAUGUCCAAGGCCACCCAAUCGGCCUCAAAUUACUCGAUCUUCUUCUCUACCGCGAGCCCCCACGUACCCAAUUACGUCCUCUGAAUAUCAUCGCCCUCCUCCAAUUCAUAACCACCGUUCUCUGGCGUCACCUCUUUUCGCGACCAGCAGAUGCCCUUGAGAAAUCCUCAAAUCCGGAUACUCCAGAAGAGUACAUGAUAUCGGACAAUGAACCUCUCGUUAAUCAAUAUAUUAGUGUGCCCAAGGAAAUGAAUCAGUUGAACUGUGCGGCGUUUGUUGCGGGUAUUAUUGAGGGGGCUUGUGACGGGGCGGGGUUUCCGGCUAGAGUUACGGCGCAUAGUGUGGGAAGGGGGGAGGAGGGGGAAUUAUGGCCGGCAAAGACGGUAUUUUUGGUCAAGUUCCAAGAGGAGGUCGUGGAGAGAGAAGCAUUUUUGGGCAAGAGUUAA